UAUAGGAAAGAUAAAGAAACAUGAUAAGCUUUCCCCGCCGACUGUAAUAAUCUUUGAGUAAAUAUAAUUAAAUAAUCAAUAACCCGCUGAUAAAAGAAAAGGUCAAACGGGGAGAUAAUCCGGAGAUCGGGUAGUCGGAAAAAGGAGCUUGCCAUGGAACUGCCCCGCCUCAUUCCGGGACUUUGACUUCAGAUAACCGACGACCCGACUGUAUAUAAAACGUUUCGAUUGGUUCCCAUACAACAGAACUUGCGGAUCAGCAUCCAAGUUAAUAACAGCAUCAACCAUAGAUUCCAGGGAUUUACACAAAUCAAAGAAAAACAGAAUGCCGAACUUUACCGUCGCCGCUGGACUUUUAGUCUGCCUGAUCAUCAUACUGGGAGGCCAAGGAGCCCUGGCUGGCAUUUCUAGGGUUAAACUGACCAAUCCCACUUAUCCCGGCAGGUGUGUGUUAGACGGUUAUACGACUAUGAUGCCCGGUCAGAUUCGUAAGGUUCCAAACGUGCCAUGCGCCAGUGUCAAGUGCGAUUCCGAUUUAUAUGCGACCUUCACUAACUGUCCAAUUGUCGAUCCACCGAAAGGAUGCAAACAACGCGAUUUUGUCAACCCAAAUCGCGAUUUUCCCGCUUGCUGCGAGCGAAAAUACGAAUGCAAAGCAAAAAACUAAAACUGAUGGUGUCAAAAUUUUCGAAUGCUUCAGCAAUAUGCAAUUAAAUAAUAAGCUUGAUUUAUACAAUUAAUUUGCGCUCCUCGAAGCCCCAGAAAAUAAACCAGAUCCAGAAGGAGGAGGAUUUGGAAUCGUUUAAGGUUGAAAUAUAUUUGAUGUCUCUCUUUUGGCAAUCACAAUUUCCCUUUUUUCUUCGUAAGUUUUGCUCAUUUGUUUGUUUCUUUUUUGUUUUUAAUAAAAUUUCAAUAAUUUUAGAUUUAAAUGAAGACUUUAAGAAAAUUACGAAUUAAAAUGCUUCACAUUUCGUCUAUCAAUGACCAAGUUAUGGACAUAAUAUGGUAAUUUUGAGGGGUGUUUAUCGAGUUUUGCAUUUUUAGUAAGGAUACUAUAAAGUAGUAUAAGUUUAUUAA